AUGUGUGAUGUCGUGCUAGGCGCCCAAUGGGGCGAUGAAGGCAAGGGUAAAUUGGUUGACAUCUUGUGUGACGAUAUCGAUGUGUGUGCUAGAUGUCAAGGCGGUAAUAAUGCUGGACACACUAUCGUUGUCAAUGACGUGAAGUAUGACUUCCAUAUGCUUCCCUCUGGCUUGAUUAAUCCCAAUUGCCAGAAUUUAUUAGGAUCUGGAGUGGUUAUCCAUGUGCCGUCUCUUUUCGAGGAAUUAGAGAACUUAGAAAAGAAAGGUUUAAACGGAAGAGAUAGGCUCUUUAUUUCUUCCCGUGCUCAUCUAGUGUUUGAUUUCCACCAAAGAACCGACAAGUUGAAAGAGGCUGAGCUUUCUGAAACAAAGAAAUCCAUUGGAACAACUGGAAAGGGUAUCGGACCAACGUACUCCACGAAAGCGUCACGUUCGGGAAUAAGAGUGCAUCACUUGGUCUCAGAUGAGCCUGGUGCAUGGGAGGAGUUCACAGUCAGAUAUCAUCGUCUUAUUAACUCCAGAUACAAGCGCUAUGGAGAGUUCGAUUACGAUACUGAGGAGGAGCUCAACAGGUAUGCGAGAUACAAGGAAGCUUUGAGACCGUUUGUAGUUGAUUCUAUUGACUUCAUGCAAAACGCGAUCAAAUCUAACAAAAAAAUUCUUGUGGAAGGUGCAAAUGCAUUGAUGCUUGAUCUCGAUUUUGGAACUUAUCCCUAUGUCACGUCGUCCUCAACAGGCAUUGGUGGUGUAUUGACUGGUCUCGGGAUUCCUCCAAGAAGUAUACGUAAUGUGUAUGGUGUUGUGAAAGCAUACACAACCAGGGUAGGGGAGGGACCUUUCCCCACUGAGCAAUUAAACGAAAUCGGUGAAACAUUACAAGACGUUGGCGCUGAAUUCGGUGUGACUACUGGAAGGAAGAGGAGAUGCGGUUGGUUGGAUUUGGUAGUGUUAAAAUAUUCCACUGCUAUCAACGGAUAUACGCACCUUAACAUCACAAAGUUAGACGUUUUAGAUUCCUUUAAGGAUAUCAAGGUUGGUGUGGCUUACUGGCAUAAGGGGCAGAAAUUAAAUUCUUUUCCAGAGGACUUGUUGAAACUUGCAAACGUCGAAGUUGAGUACGUGACUUUGCCAGGAUGGCAAGCCGACAUCUCAAAAAUCAAAGACUUUGCUGAUCUUCCUGCAAACGCAAAGGCAUACCUUAAGUUUAUCGAGAAAUUUUUGGAGGUCCCAAUUAAGUGGGUUGGUGUUGGGCCAUCUCGAGAUUCGAUGUUGCUAAAGGAUAGUCUGUAG